GGGAGGUGGUUCUGGCCGAUUGCUUCGGCUGGCUUUGUCAUAUCGCUGCUGCUGCUUGCGGGAGCCCUCACCAUGCACACAUCUCCUUGCAGCGAGGAGAUGGGAGAUGCCCCUUCGGUUGAUAUUGUCGACAUCUACGAAUCCAUCCGUGAACGGAGGCGUCACGACAGUGAAAGAUCUACUUGUAGCACCUUGGAACGGAAUGACAUAGAAGCAGUUGAGACUCUUGUUUGUAUGAGCUCCUGGGGUCAAAGAUCACAGAAAGUCGACCCAUUAAAAAUAAGACCUUUAACGCCUGUCUCAGAUUCUGGGGAUUUUGUAGGGCAGAAUGAACCUACAUCUGAGAUGCCCAAGGAUUAUAACUUUUUAUCCACUCUGUGCAUGACCCCACCAUACAGUCCAGAUUUUGUUGAGCCUUCUACAGCGUCACUGCCCUCCUCCCAAACAACUUACUCAAAACCUAGGGCAAUCAAGGCAAGCGUACCUGCCAGCGUAGUCACUCCUCCAGGUUGUACUCUUACUGCUACCCAGCCAUCUGUUUUGAACAUGGAGAAGCAAUCCAACCAGAUGCCAGCAAGGACUGAGCAACCUGUUCCCCCGCUUUGCAGAGCUAUGGCAACUAGUGUGAUCCGUCACACAGGCAACAGUUCUGGUUACUCCCACAUUCCUGGUGUGCAAGUGAAACCAGAAGUUUCAUCGGGCAACAGUGGGUCUGCAGACUGGCAGGAGGCCCAAGGCCAGCAACAUUCCAGAGCUUCCCGGGACUGUCAUAUUGCAGAGAAUUUGACUUGUGACACUUCACUUGCACACAGAUCUUCCUCACACGUCUCAGGUUGCUCUAGAACUGCCAAUAAAGGAUGUGAAAUUCCAAGGCUUGCUUUGCAGCAGUCUCUUUACCCAAAGAAUUGUGAGCAUGAUAUGCAGCAAAAGACCAGCCCCCUUCUACCCUCCCCUCUCUCAAAUCCACAGGUGAUCUGUCAAAUGAUCCCCUUCGAUGGAUCAAGAGGUAUGGUCCCUGCCCUAUUAAAACCUUCUGCUCAGACUGCAGGAACCGUCAAACGCAUCUUACCCCACGCGGCUCCAGUUUCUCAACCUGUCCUGAUGGGACCUUCUAUGCCUCAGGGGACUGUUAUGUUGGUUCUUCCGCAGGCAGCUGUUGCCCAGGCACCCCCCUGCCAACAAACUGUGAUGUCUGUGGGGAACACCAAGUUAUUGCCUCUAGCCCCUGCUCCAGUUUUUAUUGCCUCUGGUCAGAGCAGUACGCCUUUGAUAGACUUUUCCCGGAGGAGGAAUUACGUUUGCAACUUUCCUGGCUGCAGGAAAACAUAUUUCAAAAGCUCUCACCUCAAAGCCCAUCUGCGUACUCAUACUGGAGAAAAACCAUUCACUUGUAGCUGGGAAGGUUGCGAUAAAAAAUUUGCCCGUUCUGAUGAGCUUUCUCGCCACCGCCGAACCCACACGGGGGAGAAGAAGUUUGCCUGUCCAGUCUGCGACCGCCGUUUCAUGCGUAGUGAUCACCUGACAAAACAUGCACGUCGUCACAUGACCAAGAAGGUGCCCAGUUGGCAAACAGAAGUUGGCAAACUGAAUCGAAUUGCGGCUCUAGAGAAGCCAAGGAAUGAGAACGCUCUGAGCAUGUUCCUCCCAAUGUUAUCGCCAGGGUAGUGGGCCAACUGGCCGAAACACACAUUUUGUGAUGAACUUUAUGGUUCCCAAAAUUACCACUUUUACUGAUUUUUAACUUAAUUUCUACAAGUUAUGCUUUUCUGUUGGGGAGGAUGGAAAAGUAUUUUUUCUCUCUCUUUUUCUACCCUCUUUCUCUGCUUCAGUGUUCACCCUACUUAAUGUUAUGUUUUUUUCUUUCUUUUCAUUCUUCCAAGAUUUUGGGAGGAUCACCAGCACUUCAGAAAAGGAAAAUAUAUUUAGGGGUGGGGCGGGAUAGAAUAUUAGCAAGGAUUAUUCUUUGAAAAUUUAUCUUUACUUGAGUAAGAAUAAUUAAUAGAAAAUGAAGCAGGCUGACUUUGUUGUUUUCAGUUUUAUGCUAGUUUUCUGUCCACUUUGUACAAAUGUAGCUGCUAUAGCCUGAUUCUGCAUUUAUCCUCUGAAAGCAGUGGUAUGGGAGAUUGAAACUACCUCUCAGAAACUGUUCUCCUGGGUGUGAAUACAGUCCAAACUGAUUAUCAACUUGGGUCUGAACUCUGAUUUCAUACUUGAGGCAAUCUGCUUUAGGAUUGCCUGUCAUGUCAUAGUUACCGUUUGGAGCGCUCUAUCUGGAGAUAUAUACCUAGAGAUUGUAUUUAAAGUUGGCUUAUUCAGCUGGCUCAGGAUUCACUUUGUUGUGACACCAACCAUAUUCAUCAAAGUUGAAAAGACCUGGCCUGCAAUGGCGCUGAAUUAAUUUCCCCCUGUUCAUUAUUCCAUACUGCUCAAAGUACUGUUCCAUGUAUGUGUUAGCAAAACUUGGGAUACGAACAGAACUGUGCCUAUGAUUAUCAGCUGUUUAAAUAUGGGUUUAAUGUGUCAGUCAACUCAUUUCAGAAUCAGAUAUUUAAUACAGAAUUUCAGGACACUUGCUACAUCACAACUGAUGUCUUGAAUAGUAUAAACACUAUGACAGUGGUUAUUAAAAGUUUGGACAUACUAUGAAGGAAACAGUGACUUGUGAUAAUAGCUACUUCUUCAUUAUAAUUGUUAAUAUUUUAAUUAUUGUAAUUGGGAAGUAGCCUCUUUCUUUUAGCAUGGCUAACUUAUCAGAAUUAUGGGCUGCAUCUCACCAACAAUAUAAUUCAGUCAGAAACUUGCAUUUCCAUAAAAGGAGUUAAGUGCAUCCUUAAAUCUGUCUUUUUAAAUCUAGUAAGUUCUAGAUGCCUAACUUAGUUUGGCUUAUGCCCUUGGUGUAUUCGUACAUAAAAGCAAGAAGGCCAAAGUUAAAAAUUACUCCUGCUUGCACUAGUUUUUUUUUAAUCAUCUAAACCAGGAGUGGGAAACUAUGGCCCUUUGAUGACUUGUGGACUUCAACUCCCAGAAUUCUUCAGCCAGCCAUGCUGGCUCAGGAAUUCUGGGAGUUGAAGACCACAAGCCAUAAAAUGGCCAUAGUUCCCUAUCUCUGAUCUAAACAAACAACUAAAACUUCUCAGCACCUCACUGUUGAUUGAUCAAGAAUUUUCACAUAAGCCUUUCUAGGAAGAUCAGCAGAGAAAAUGAGGCUGUUUGAUUUGCAGUAUUCGGUCAGAAGGAUUUCUUGAUCAAAUCUAAUAUUGGCACUAGUGCAAUGGAACUGUUCCCUUCCUCUCUGCCCCUGACACUAUCUAUGCUGGAGAAUCCAGGGCAAGGUCAAGAUUCAUGAGGUAAUUUGUCUCACUGAAAGAUGCUAUUCUGUGAAUGUGGGGAAGACAUGAGGAGGAUUCGGCUGCAUGUCUUGCACUAAAGUCUCUUGAGUUGCAGUACUUAUGCUUUUAAAAUAAGGGGAAUGGGUGUCAUUUGUGGGCUGUGUCAAAGUAAUAACAAUAGACAUACCUGAAAGUAAUAAUUCUGUAUUUUAAAGCUGCCUUAAAAGUUCUUAGCCUUGGAGCAAAAAUGCUUUAUUUUUUUUCUUUAAUUUUUCUUCUUGUGUCUUGUUCUACAGUACUAUAUUAACUGAAUGAGUAACUGAAGUAAUAGAUAAUUAUUACUUGUCUUUUGGAGGGCCCUGUGGGAAAUCAGAAUUAUUCAUCCUGAGAUAUUAUAUCUGAUGACAUGCCAAAUACUGCAUCUCAAGCUGAGAAAAUUGUUUUUAACGAGUAUAUGAAAGCAUGGUGUAUAUGUAUGGAGUAUAUCUGACAUAUUGUUACUAUCUUAAACUAGACAGAUCUUUUACAAUUGCAAUAUACAUUGGUUAUUUUUGUUAGGACAAUCUUGCAUUACUUUUAUUUAUUCUGAAGCUAUCUGAGAUAUUUCUGUAUAAUAUGAUAGGAAUUUGCUGGCAUGAGUGUUUUGAAAACUACAUUUGCUAUAUGUUCCAAAAUAACACAUAGGUAAUAUUAAUGUUUGGUCAGUUGUUUUAUUAGCUUUAUUUUACACUAGUAGCAACAGCCUGAGACAGUCAGGAGGUUAUGAUUUUUCUUUCACUUCAUCCUGGGGAGCAAUUCAUGUUAAAAACAGCAUGAGAUCUUCCAGUAUGGUGGAGAGGAGGGGAGGAGGAAUCUAGGCAAAAUUACAUGUUUUGAAAAUCUGCUGGACCGUUGUUCUAAUGAUGCCCUUUCUAAGUAUUUAUAUAAUUAUCUGAAUUUGAAGGGACUAGUGUUCAUGAAGCAAACCACAAGGAUCAGGAAUUUCUUUCUUUUAGAACAUAGCAGCUCUUGGAGAGAGGAAUUAAGUAUUAUCUUCAGUUGAUGGGAACAUUUUAUUUUGGCUUGCACUCCCAAAUCAAGUGUAAGUAGGCUUCCUUUGAAAUGAGAUUAAACCAGGUUGUCAUGCAUAUGUAGUCCUCAGCCAUAUAUAAUAGUUUGCCUGGUGCUUGAAAACUUUUGCAUAAUUGCAGUUUGAACUAGAUAAAUGCAGAACAGAAAACUGGCUGGCAAUGAUGGGUCAUAGUGACUGGGCUGCAUUUGAUUGGUCACUAGAUAUGCAAGUAGAGGAAUAUUAUAAAAAGCUGCAUCUCAACAUUUGUGUGUGUAUAUAUAUGUGUAUGUGUGUGUGUGUUUGGAUAUAUAUAUAUAUAUAUAUAUAUAUAUAUAUAUAUAUAUAUAUAUAUAUAAUGGAUGUGUGUGUAUAAACACAUGCAUGUGUAUGUUUUCUUCUCUUACAUACGCUCAUACUUACUUGCCAUAUUUUGAGUUAUUGAAGCAAAUUGAUAAAUCUGCAGUUCACAUAGUUGUUUUCUCCCAAUUUAUUCUUAAUUUUUAAUUAACAGAAAAAAGAUCAUUUUUAAAGCUUGUUAAGAAGAGACAUGUUAGUGGUAUAGAUUCAGUUCAUAUAAUCAGACUGCAAGUUUGAUUAAUUUGAAACCACUUUUUCCCUUUCUGGACAAUGUUAUGACCUAAUUAUUGGCUAUUUAACUAGGGAUUAUGGGAACUAUCGUUCAAUGUAGUAAAAUUUUGUGCCUAAUAUUUUAUACGAAUAAACCUUAUUUGUUACUUUCUGUUCAGCAUUUAUUGUGAAAUCCUUGUUAUUUGUGUGAAUAUACAUACAAAUACUCUUGUAUUUCCUCAAGGGCUGUGUUGUAUUUCCUCUUCUAGUAAAAUGGAUAUUUACAUAUA